AUGGCUCCCAUUUUAUUUAUUCUCCAGAUAUUGGCUCUGUGUCAUUUGUGUUUAGCAAUAGAUAAUUAUUUCUUUAACUUAACUUAUCGAGCAGUUUUCAACUUUGGCGAUUCUAAUUCCGACACUGGAGGACUGGCUGCUGGAAUAGCCUUCCCAGUCGGGCCACCCAAUGGACAAACAUACUUCCUCAAGCCAUCUGGAAGAUUUUGUGACGGCCGGUUAAUAAUUGAUUUCUUGCGGGAUUCGAUGAAUUUGCCACUCCACAAUGCGUACUUGGAAUCUGUUGGUGCCCCAAAUUUCCAAUCGGGGUGUAAUUUUGCCGCAGGAGGGUCUACUAUACUUGCUGCCAAAGCCAAUUCGAUUAGUCCAUUUUCAUUUGGUGUCCAGGUAGACCAAUUCAUCAGAUUUAAAGCUCGAGUUCUUGAAUUACUGGCAAAAGACAGGAGGCUAAGAAAAUUCCUGCCUACAAAGAACAGUUUCACACAAGGCCUAUACAUGUUUGACAUUGGCCAAAACGAUAUUGAUGCUGCAUUUUCUUCAAAACCUGAGGAUGUUAUUGCUUCAAUUCCAACUAUUUUGUUAGAAUUUGAAACGGGAUUACAGACAUUAUAUAAUGAAGGAGCAAGGAAUUUCUGGAUUCAUAACAUGUGGCCAUUGGGUUGCUUACCCAGAAUUAUUUCAACAUUUGGAAUGGAUGCAUCAAAACUAGAUGAUAUUCAAUGUGUCACUUCACAUAACCAGGCGGCCAUGCUUUUCAAUUUACAACUACAUGCUUUGUGUUCAAAGUUCCAAGGACAGUUUCCAAAAGCCAAAGUCACUUAUGUAGACAUCUUCAACAUCAAACUCAACCUCAUUUCAAAUUAUUCUCAAUACGGGUUCAAACAACCAUUAGCUGCUUGCUGUGGAUAUGGUGGCCUUCCACUAAACUUCGAUGCUCGAAUUGCUUGUGGAGUAACAAAGAUUUUAAAUGGUACAUUGGUGACAGCAGGGCCAUGCAAUAACACUGCUGAGUACAUUAAUUGGGAUGGAAACCAUUACACAGAAGCUGCUAAUCAAUUCGUUUCAACACAAAUUCUGUCUGGGAAGUAUUUGGAUCCCCCUUUACCAGCAAAAAACUUCAUUUCCUAUCAGACUGCAACUUGUCACCGAGAACUCACGUCACGUUUGAUGAUGGUUCCAAUUGGCGGAAUAACAUGCUGCUUGAGCGCAGCCGCACUUUACCUUCUUGGCAGGAGCAGCGGAAGGGUUUUCAUGUCCAGGGAUGCCGAAGUUCUGAAAUCUGUUACUCGAGUUAACCAGUUAAAAGGAAUUGGAUACACCAAUCAACUGCGAGACAGUGGUUUACGGGCCGUAAUUGUGGAGCAAAAGGCGGAGCAGCACUUUCUGAAACACAAUGAAGCAGGAUCAUGGACACGAGAUUCAGCUUUGUUGCUUUCCAUGUGCAAAGAAGUUCCUUGGUACCUGGAUGAUGGCACUGCUCGUGUACAUGUUGUUGGAGCCCGUGAUGCCACAGGUUUGGUCCUGACAGUUGGAAGUGAAGUGUUUGAGGAGUCAGGACGGCACCUUGUGCGUCGAAGUGAAGUGUUUGAGGAGUUGGUAUGGUACCAUGUGCAUGGAACUUUGGAUCAUCACAAGGGUCUGAAGGACCGCCUUGGUUCCAUAUAUUCUAACGUUUGCUGUUUGGCAUCUGCAAUUAAGCGUGCAUAUUCUGUUGUCUCAAACUCUUUCAAUUAUGAUUGUCUUGUUAGAUGCUUGGAGUCAAAAGAAUCGAACGCAUUCUGCCAACUGGCUGUUAAGGAUGACAUUGGAGCAAUACAAAUUCAGCAACCCCACAAUGGCCCCUUUUAUGUCUCUUACAAAACCAUUGAUCAGCUCAUUGCAGAUCUUGGGAAAUGGGCAAGCUGUGCGGUGUGUGCGGAGGUGUUGGAAUGGGUGGCGUACGGGGAGUGCGGCCACAAGGAUGUCUGCUCAACUUGCGUCGCUCGCCUCCGAUUCAUCUGCGACGAUCGUCGCUGCUGUAUUUGCAAGACCGCGUCAAACAUCGUCUUUGUCACCAAGGGUGUUGGCUGUGACCUUUUUGAUGGCUUUUGGUAUGUCACAGACUUGAGUUUUGGACCUGUUCAUGACAAUUCCCUUAGUUGUGCCCAAAAUGUUGAAUUUAGCCCCCAAUUAUUUGCAUUAAGGCACCUGAAAUCACUCUCAUUCUUCAGUUGCUUUGUCUCACCUCACCAUUAUCCUGUUGCAAUUCCUAUUGAAAAUUGGCAAGUUUUUGCUGGCAGCUUAGAGUCACUAGAGUUCCGAACUUUCCUGUACCUCUGCAAGUAUUUGUUAACUCUUAUCACGAAUCACUGCACUAGAACUUUGGGUGUGGGAUUCGCUGAAGUAUUAAAACGAAAAGAUCAACAAUUACCUGAGAGGAGAAGGAUUUUGGAAGGUCUUCUUAAAUUGCCAGAGAAUAGGGAAUGUGCGGAUUGCAAGAGCAAAGGUCCUCGAUGGGCUAGUGUGAACUUAGGCAUAUUUGUAUGCAUGCAAUGCUCUGGGAUCCAUAGAAGUCUUGGAGUACACAUAUCAAAGGAGCACACUGUCCUGCUCAUCACAAGACUGCUUUCACCUGCAGUUCCUACAGAUUUUUCUGGAAGUGAGAGCCAUUUGAUAGGUUACGCUCCAUUGCUGAACGUUCUCCUAGUCGGAAUAUCAUCUGUCGAUUGUAUUCAGAUUUUUUCCUUACAUGGCAUGGUUCCACAACUUGCAGGUUCAUUGAUGCCAAUCUGUGAGGUCUUUGGUUCCUGUGCACCCACCAUGUCGUGGACUCUUGCAACAGGGGAGGAAAUUUCUUCCCAUGCUGUAUUUUCUAAUGCAUUCACUCUGCUGUUGAAGUUGUGGAGGUUUGAUCAACCACCUCUGGAAAAUGUAUCAGGAGAUGUCCCUCCAGUUGGAUCGCAUAUAACUCCAGAAUACCUCUUAUUGGCGCGCAACUCCCAGUUAGCAUCUUAUGAGAAUCCACUAAAAUUUCAAAAUAAAAUCAAAAGACUGUCAAGACUUUCAAAUCCAUCAUCGAGAGAGCCAAUAUUCAUGGAUUCUUUUCCAAAGUUAAAGUGUUGGUACAGGCAGCAUCAAGAAUGCAUUGCUUCUAUCCUUUCUGGUCUGGUACCUGGAUCCUCUGUUCACCAUAUUGUUGAGGCACUCCUGAGUAUGAUGUUCAGAAAAAUAAAUAGGGGAGGUCAACCGCUGACUCCUACAACUUCUGCAAGUAGCUCCUCUUCUGUGUCUGGAGCUGACGAUUCCUGUCUACGUCUUAAAUUACCGGCUUGGGAUAUUCUUGAAGCUGUUCCCUUUGUGCUUGAUGCUUCCCUUACUGCCUGUGCCCAUGGGAGAUUGUCACCCCGUGAACUGACUACUGGUCUCAAAGAUCUUGCUGAUUUUCUUCCUGCUUCCUUGGCAACUAUUAUAAGUUACUUAUCAGCAGAAGUGACUCGGGGACUUUGGAAGCCAGCUUUCAUGAAUGGAACUGACUGGCCGAGUCCUGCUGCAAAUUUAUCCAUGGUUGAACAACAGAUAAACAAAAUCUUAGCUGCCACUGGUGUUGAUGUCCCAUGUCUUGCUCUAGGCGUAAAUUCUCCAGUGACUCUUCCAUUACCCCUGGCGGCCCUUGUUAGCCUCACAAUAACCUUUAAACUUGACAGAGCUUCUGACCGUUUUCUAAACUUGGUCGGUCCAGCCUUGACUAACCUUGGCACAGGUUGCCCCUGGCCAUGCAUGUCAAUAAUAGCUGCCUUAUGGGUUCAAAAGGCAAAGCGAUGGAGUGACUUCCUUGUCUUCUCUGCAUCGCGAACUGUGUUCCACCACAACACUGAUGCCGUGGUUCAACUCCUCAGAGUAUGUUUUUCAACAGCGCUUGGCCUCAAUUCUUCUGUUGCGAGCAAUGGUGGUGUAGGUGCCCUUUUGGGUCAUGGCUUUGGCUCUCACUUCGAGGGAGGCAUUUCUGCAGUCGCCCCUGGAAUACUCUAUUUACGAGUUCAUCGAGCUGUUAGAAAUGUCAUGUUUAUGACAGAAGAAAUUUUAUCUCUUCUGCUGCAUACUGUCAAAGAUAUUGCAACUAGUGGGUUGCCUACGGAGAAAUUGGAGAAACUGAAGAAAACUAAAUUCAGUUCAAAAUAUGGUCAGGUUUCUCUUGCUUCUGCAAUGACUCAGGUGAAGGUUGCAGCUUCAGUGGGGGCUUCUUUGGUUUGGAUGACUGGUGGAUUGGGCUUGGUUCAAUCUUUAAUUAAAGAAACACUACCAUCACGGUUUAUAUCAGUUCAUGGGUCGGAGCCCAAUGGGGAGGAUUCAGGAGAUGUUGUUGCAGUGCUUGGUGGCUACGCACUCGCAUACUUCGCCGUCUUUUCCGGAAUAUUCGCCUGGGGAGUUGACUUGAGACCACCUGCGUCUAAACGUCGGCCUAAAGUUCUCGGGAAGCACUUUGAAUUCCUAGCAAGUGCCCUAGAAGGAAAAAUAUCGCUCGGUUGUAACAAGGCUACAUGGAAGGCAUAUGUCACGGGGUUUGUGAGCUUGAUGGUGGCAUGCACGCCGAUGUGGAUGUUGGAGGUGGAUGUACAAAUUUUGAAGAGUGUUAGUAAAGGGUUAAAACAGUGGAAUGAGGAAGAACUUGCACUUGCCCUCCUUGGAAUUAGUGGGAUCAAUGCAAUGGGUGCAGCUGCUGAAAUGGUUAUAGAAACUGAAUUUUGA